AUGAAGUACAGUCCAUCCAACGAACAAUUUUCAGCAGAAUGGAAACGAUAUAUAUCUCUUGUCGAGAUCGUUUCAAUAGAUACCUCCAUUAACCAAACUCAAGAUUCUAUUUCCGACAUUGUCAAGAUCCUGAGCAGAGAAUCUAAUAUCCCUCCAGUCUGGGCAAUCUCGCUAUUAUCAUCUGCAGUUACAUCAACAAUGGAGCAAAUUAGAAAAUUCGUUACUGGCAUUAUUCUGUAUAUGGAUGUUGGCGAUCUAGCCAUUUUUAAACACGAUUCGACCUUCAUCAAGGACACUCUGCUACCAUUCGCAGUGCUUUCUAGUCAUUUCUCGACAAUAGAGAUUUCAGAACACAACUAUUCAUGUCCACAUGGUGACUUGCUAAGUAAGUUUGUGCACAACCUAUUGAUCUCUUUGGAAGAUUAUGAUGCAACACAAAUGAUCAAUAGCAUCCUAGACUUUUUAUAUGGCAAUAGGUUCACUUUCGACCCCGCCAGAUUAUAUGUUGUAAAAGGAAUUCGUGAUGGAUUAAGAAACAGACAGAUUCUGCUUGAGCAACAAGUUGAAAAAUUAUUCAAGCUAAACACAAGUACAGUCGAAUCAUCAUUUCGGAAGCAGAUCUUGUAUGACAUGUAUAUCGAGAUCAUGCUAUGUGCGGAUUUGAACUGGAUUACAUUCAAUAACUGGUUUAGUCGAAUCUCCAGCUUUCUUGUUACCUGCCCGCAAAAUGGUGAGGUUUACUCUAGACUUAUCGCAAAGAAAAUUUUGCAAUAUAGUAAAGAAGCGGAUUUCGAAGCUUACCUAGAAAGUGAAAACGGACAAUUCAACGUUUCGGUAUAUCUUUCGGUCAAACAAAAUAUAUCGCAAUUACCCCCCACAAAGAUUCGAGAGUUUCUGCAACAACUUAGCAUUCAUCAACUUCAAGACCUUUGCUUGACCCCUUACACAGACCCUUUCAUCGUUAGUCUAUUUGGAGAACAGCUUCCUGUCAUAUUGGCAAAACUUUUUGAACAAUCUAUUGAGGCAAAAAAGAUCAAUUCUGAACUUAAUCGUAUAAUUCUGCAUCUAAUUCAGCGAGAAGGAGGAUUCUCGAUAAAGCCAAGAUCUUACAAUCAAAUUCUAGAAAUGGCAGCUAGCUCUGAUUUGGGGUAUAUUAAAAGCUCGGGUUACUCAUCGCUUUAUUCAAGCCUGAAAUUGGCCAUUUUUAACCAAAACCAAAAAUGGGGCCAAAUUUUUGAGUAUCUUCAAGGAGCUGAGGGAAUUCCAUUUGAUGAAGAAGUCGCUACUUGUGCAUACACUCUUUUAACGCACUCUUCUGAAGAGAUUCUAUACACAACCAAUGCAUUGGACUGCUACGAGCAACAUUUCCAAUCCUCUGGGUUUAAGCUUCGUAUGGCUAUGUGCCAAUUCAUAUACAGGCUUCUUUCCACUAUUGAUGAAAGUGCCUUACGACCAGUUAGUGAACAACUAAUAAGUCUUUCGAAAUCAAUGUGGUUUAGUGUUGUAGAUGAGAGACUAAUGGCUUCUGAACGUGAGCUACAUCAGUUGAUAUUGGCCUGUAUUUUCAAUACAAACGUCAUUUUGGUUGGUACUGAAGAAGCCGAAAAAGUAUUUGAAGCCAUUGCAGAAUCAGUUGUUGAGCAAAGUUAUUCUCGUCGUGGGCUUGUUACUGUUCUUGCAAAGUAUUUGGCGAAAUUACCGAAUCGCCUUUGGGUCGGAAGGGUACUUGUGUCUGUCUACACAAAUUCCCAAGCGGAUUAUCACAUGUUCCGCCUCGAGAACGCAAUAGGGCUUCUUCACGAUGAAGACACCAACUCGCUUACCUACAAUCCAGAAAAUAAGACUGAGUCAUAUAUCGAAUGGUACGACGAAGAAGAAAUCUCAGCCAAAGUCAAAGCAAUAGAAUACUUUAGCAAAUACAGCAAUGUUGCCGACACGGCAAAGGAUAUAUUUGAGAGCGUGGUGUUAUCAGAAAAACAUCGGCUAUUCAACCCACUCAAUAGAACUGAUGGGAGAGAAGAGCUCAAUAGAAUCAACUGCUAUCAUAUCCUGCUAAUCUUGUGUAAGAUUUUGGACCCUGAAUUUUUGCUCUCGUUCGUGCGAAAUAAGUUAGUCAAAGCACUUGAUCGAGAGGCACUGCCAUUAGCCAAGUUAUAUGUCGAAUGGAUAAUAGCGGAAACAGUCGUGAAACACAUCAUAGCGUCAUUAGAUUCAGAGGCGGUUGUCGAGGAGUUGGUGUUUGGACCCCUUGAAAGGACAAACGUUGAACCAAGAGUCGUCAUCUCUCUCGAGAGAAUUGGUUUGGUUGUUGGAACAAGACUAGGAAAGAGGUUCACUCCAAAAAUAACCCUGCAAUAUAUUAAAGACUAUUACAGAAGAUAUCUACAGGCUAUUAUGGUUCUAGCAACAAGUAAUAAGGUUGCUAUAAGACACAAUUCUCUAUCGUGUAUAUAUGGCCUUCAAACUGUGUUCCAACGAGAUAGCCACCUAGGCGAUAUCUUAGAGGAUUAUAAUCAGGUGAUCAAUGGUGUGACAUCAAAUGCUUUGGCUCUAGUUACAAAUUCAUCACAAAGAACGGGUGAAGACGCUCUUUGGGACUUAGAAGAUGAUUUUAAUUUAUAUGGAAUCUGUGGGGGUGUCUUGAGAAGAAUUUCGGAGCGCCAGAUGCCUUCUAUUACUCAACACGAACUGAGUACAUAUCUUUAUGAUAAGUCUAGACUCACCACAGUAGAUGAAUCAUCUGCUGUUCCAAUCUUGCCUAAGAAAGCCUCAUACCCACCAUUUCAACCUACACUCGAAGCUCACAGUGGCCCUGUCACCGUAUCAGCCAAACUGAAUCUUGAGAAAGAAUUAUCCACGACGAUCCAAACAAAAAGCGGUGUGUGGACGAGUUUAUCUGACAUGAUGGAUGUCAAUGAUGACGAAGGAAGAAAUUUAAAUAUCAAUAGAGGGGAAUUGGUCGUCUUGGCCAGUCUAGUUGAUAAGCCACCUAACCUUGGAGGAAUUUGUAGACUAUGUGACGUUCUUGGAGCAGGACUUCUCUGUCUAAAUGAUAUUUCUGUUCUGAAGCAUCCUCAGUUUAAAAAUGUUGCAGUAUCAGCAGAUAGGUGGAUGCCCAUGAAAGAGGUCAAAGAGGGUGCUAUUGUUUCUUACCUUCAAGAGAUGAAGCGACAAGGCUAUACUCUUAUUGGCCUUGAACAGACAGACAACAGUGUUCAACUUACACCAGAGCUCAAAUUUCCCCGGAAAUCACUACUUUUGCUCGGCAGAGAGAGACUUGGUAUUGACGGAGACCUGUUAUCAGAACUAGAUUUUUGCAUUGAAAUCAAGCAAGUCGGUAUCAUCAGAUCGAUGAAUAUCCAAACUGCUACGGCGGUAGUUGUCCAUGCAUACUCCAGCCAACACUGUUAG